AUGCAAUUGGUUUUUAUAAAUCACUUAGAGCUAAAUAAUGAAAAUGAAUUUCGUGUCGAGGAGCUUUCGGAUGCAUUAGAGCGUUCUUUGAUCAUUGAAGGUAUGACACAAUCUAAGGCCCAUGAAAUGGCACUCGAGCAAACAGUUAAUGUUUGUAGACUUAAUACUCGGUCGGAUUUGGUCAAAUCAUUUUUAUCGUCAACUACCCUCAGUGAUUCAAAAGACGUAGUAGCAAAAAUGAUAGUCGAACAAAAUAAUCAAGUGAAAGAGCGUCAAGUAUACAAUAAUAACGGUAGGUACAACAAUAACGGUACAAGGCAUAACGGCAAUAAUUUCAAUAAUAGCAAUCGGUCAUCGAAUAACAGCAAUCGGAACAAUAACAGCAACAAUCUUAGUAAUAGACGUCCAAAUUCACGCAAUAAUGCUAAUGUGGGCGCUUUAAACGCCCACGCCCCUCAGGAGCGAACACUUUUUCAACAAAGGGCAUUUAUUGCUUAA